CAGGCGGCUGUGAUUCGACUGCCUUCCCCUGCGGCUGGAGGAUUCCUGCCUCAGAAGAGAUCAGCUCACCAGCCCUCACCCUUUGGCUGGGAAACGUGGAACAAGUCCAGCUCAGCACUGGACUCCUCCAAAAACCAGACACCCCCCCUUUCUGGUUUGCUUCCUAAUUGUUGCACCCCAAAUUAAUGCAAAUAAGAGUCUCCACUUCCCCACUCUCAAAACUGCAUGGUGCAGCUAUUCUAUUAAUUUAUUAUUGUUGUUGUUAUUUUUGCAAUAGCCACCACAUUUGGCAGCUUGCAUCCAGACAACGUGGUGGAGAGGUUGCUGGGCACAGACCUGCCCCUGCCGUGUCCCCUGAAGCAUCGCCGUGUCUUUAUGUUAGGGGCGAGCGAGCAAGACGGCGAUUCAAUUUCUUUCUUUUUCCGAAGGCGGCCAAUAAAUCUCGCUCUGCAGCCUGGAAGUUUCCACCACUGAGCUGAAGCGUGAGUCUCUUUCAUUCAUUGGACACCAGGCUCUGUCAAAGACCAGGGGCGCCCCGUUGACGUUUCUUCCCUGGCCGCAAGAUGUUCAGCUGGCUGGGCCACGACGACAGGCGAAGGAAAGACCCUGAAGUGUUUCAGACUGUGAGCGAGGGGCUUAAAAAACUGUACAAAACCAAGCUUCUCCCGCUGGAAGAAUAUUACAAAUUCCACGAGUUUCAUUCGCCGGCCUUGGAAGAUGCGGACUUCGACAACAAGCCCAUGGUGCUGUUGGUGGGCCAGUAUUCCACCGGCAAGACCACCUUCAUAAGGUACCUUCUUGAGCAAGAUUUCCCCGGGAUGAGGAUCGGGCCGGAGCCGACGACGGACUCCUUCAUCGCCGUGAUGCAGGGAGAGGUGGAGGGCAUCAUUCCUGGCAAUGCGUUGGUAGUGGAUCCCAAAAAGCCUUUCAGGAAACUUAACGCCUUUGGCAAUGCCUUCUUGAACAGAUUCGUAUGUGCUCAGCUGCCAAACGCGGUUCUGGAGAGCAUCAGUGUUAUCGAUACGCCAGGGAUCCUUUCCGGGGAGAAGCAGAGAAUCAGCCGAGGGUAUGACUUUGCUGCUGUCCUGGAGUGGUUUGCGGAGCGGGUGGACCGCAUCAUUCUCCUCUUCGACGCCCACAAGCUGGACAUCUCGGACGAGUUCUCCGAGGUCAUCAAAGCGCUGAAAAACCACGAGGAUAAAAUGAGGGUGGUCCUCAACAAAGCGGACCAGAUCGAGACCCAGCAGCUGAUGAGGGUCUACGGCGCCCUCAUGUGGUCUCUGGGGAAGAUUGUCAACACGCCCGAAGUGAUCCGGGUCUACAUCGGUUCCUUCUGGUCUCACCCGCUUCUCAUCCCAGAUAACCGCAAGCUCUUUGAGGCUGAGGAGCAGGACCUCUUCAGAGAUAUCCAGAGCCUGCCCCGCAACGCCGCCCUUCGCAAGUUGAACGACCUCAUUAAGCGGGCACGGCUAGCCAAGGUUCACGCUUACAUCAUCAGUUCGCUUAAGAAGGAAAUGCCGUCCGUCUUCGGCAAAGACAAUAAGAAGAAAGAACUCGUGAACAAUUUGGGGGAGAUCUAUGGACGGAUCGAGAGGGAGCAUCAGAUUUCGCCAGGAGACUUCCCUAAUCUGAAAAAGAUGCAAGAGCAGCUGCAGGGCCAAGAUUUCAGCAAGUUCCAGCCUCUGAAGAACAAGUUGCUGGAGGCCGUCGAGGAUAUGCUGGCGAAUGACAUUGCCCAGCUCAUGGUGCUGGUACGGCAGGAAGAGUCCCAGCGGCCCGUCCAGAUGGUGAAAGGGGGCGCCUUCGAAGGCACCCUGCACGGCCCGUUUGGACACGGCUACGGCGAAGGGGCGGGAGAAGGCAUCGACGAUGCCAACUGGGUGGUGGCCCGAGAUAAGCCCAUGUACGACGAGAUCUUCUACACGCUGUCGCCGAUUGAUGGCAAAAUCACCGGGGCUAAUGCUAAGAAGGAAAUGGUGAGGUCCAAGCUGCCUAACACGGUGCUGGGCAAGAUUUGGAAACUGUCCGAUAUCGAUAAGGAUGGGAUGCUGGAUGACGAGGAGUUUGCUCUAGCCAAUCAUCUCAUCAAAGUCAAGUUGGAAGGCCACGAGCUUCCAAAUGAUCUUCCGUCCCAUCUCAUCCCUCCAUCCAAGAGGAAACUAGCGGAAUGAGAGGCCGCUAGAAAGAAAUUGGAGAGCAGCACAGUGAACAUACCUAAGUUGUACCUGUUGAGGUGUGAGGUCCCCUUUUUGGCUUGUAACAAUUUCCAGGUGUGGAAAGGAACCUGGUGCAAAGCCAAGGAUUGGGUCCAAAUUUAGUCAUACUUGGAGAAGACCCAUUGAUAUCAAUGGCAAUUAAGUUAGUCAUAACUAGCCUAAGUCCCACCGCCUUCAGUAGGUCUACUCUAAGUAGGACUAAAUCGGGAUCUAACCCUAAGUCCCAUGCGUUCUCAUGAUGAUAUGCAAUUAACUCUUCCCCGGUAGCUUCCUGACAUGUGUUGAUAAGAGGAAACGUCUGAUAGGAAUUGAAGCAGUGACAGGGAUUGCGAGAAUUUCAUUCCUGUUUGGAAAUCAUGUGAUCCUGUCUUGCUCACAACCCCGAACGCAAACACAAGCAGGAUCAACAUUUCUCUGGAAAUAAGUCACAAUUUCCCAAACUUGCGUUCGCAUUCAGAAAUGUGCGUUUGCACAUGUGUGCGUUUCUAAAACUGAGCACUUGCGCAAAUCCGCCUUCUUCCCCCCAAAUCUGCAUUUUCAUGCUUUAGUCUAUGCGGGGGAAUGCACAUUUUUGAUCAGGAAAAAUGCAGUUUUAAAAAUGGACGUUUUUCUCAAUUAAAAGGUGCAUUUUUCCAGCUUAAAAAAAAACAAAACACUCAACUUUGGGAAUGCUAACAGAGCGAACCAAGCUUCUAGGAGGAAUUUGGAGAACUUCAAGAAGUUCAGCUGUCGCAUGCUUGCCCACCUCUAGGGAGUGAAAAAGGCUUUGAUGUAGGGAGUCGGGUGAGGACAACUUCCACUGUUGUUCCAUCAACCAGCUUGAUAUCCCUGUGUGAUUUGUCCCCAAUGCUUUAAAUUGCAGCACUGCAGUCGCUGAUGGACCCCGAACCAAACCCUUAGAUGAACAAUACCUCCGGACGAGAGUGGUGCUCAGAACUUGCACUUUGGGUCUUAAGCAUUUCUGUGGAACGCUUGUCAGUGUUCAGUCUUCCUACCUGUCAUGUCUUCCUCUCUUUUUUCUUUUUUUUAAUUUUUGAAUACUUGUGGUACAGAUGUAUUUGCAGAAUAACUCGGCGGAGGGCCAGUCCUGGAACCUGUUUUAGCCAUAGGAAAUGGAUUACUCCUAGUCUGGCCUUCUGCAUUUUCUUGGAGGUGGGGCGGGGGGAACCUCAGGUGAUAAAUCCUCACUUGAACACACUUUCAGAGCUUUGGACAAAGCCUUGGGUUGUAGCCAAUGGUAGACCUACUGAGACUUAACCCAUCAAAAUGAAUGGCACUUAACUUGUACUAACGUUGGAUACAACCCAAUAGACAGAAUCCAACGGGGCAUUUAUGGCCCUGCCGAUUCCCUUAUGCUACCCCAAUUCCAUUGCGCAAGAGGCCUCCACUGCUUGCACAACUAUGGUUUAGUGGUUCCGGCAGAACUUGUGUAAGGGAACUCCAAUGGCCUGUCUCCUUCCAGAAACGAGCAUUUCUGGUCGUUCUAGGGCCUGCUCUAGGACAUGCCAAAACUCCCUUGAAUAAGUGGUGAGUCCCACUGGUGCAGUGGAAGUUACUGCUUGUGGAAGGCAAUUAGUGGGGCAGAAAGGAAUCGGGGGGGGGGGCAUAAAUAUCCCGUUGGGUUCCACCCAGUGAGCCCUUUACCGAUUAAUGGCAUUGCUAGAUUGCGAGUGCUGCUGGGAUCCUGAGAACAGUAUAGCUGGGGUUAUAUGGGUUGCCCUUAGUCAUGCUGGCUGGGGAUGAUGGAAGUUGUAGUCCAACAUGUCGGGAGGGCACCAGGGUGGGGGAGGGCCAGGUUAGUAGCUCAAAUGAGCCCUUUGAAUGGAAAUGCUGGCGAGGCGAGAGGCAGGGAACCAAGGAUUAAGAAAGAACAUAAGUGCCCUGAGGCUGGAUCAGACCAAGGGUCCAUCUAGUCCAGCAUCCUGUUCUCUUAUCCCUAAAAUAGGCCUGCGGUUUUCACAUCUCUUUGAACGCUGGCUCAACUGUGGCUGGACUAAUUCUGCUCAGUAAGUUUAUUUUUCAUUUUAUUAUAUACAUGAAAUGGAUUCAGACUUAGACGUGUGCAGCUGGGUUGGGAAAUUUCCAUGCCCCCCCCUCCUGCUCAUGGCAGCCCCCCCCCAAAUGCUAGAUAGAGGGUUGGGGUCCCCUGUUGAAUGGGGUGAGCUCUGAUCCCCAGAAAUUGGGUGUAGGCAUCUUAUGUGAGCAGAACCCUCCUACCACCGGAAGGUAGAAGGUAAAUCCUGGAUCUUACAGAAGUCUCUAGAAUUCCAUUUCAUGGAAUCAUAGAAUAGUAGAGUUGGAAGGGGCCUAUAAGGCCAUCCAGUCCAACCCCCUGCUCAAUGCAGGAGUCCACCUUUAAGCAUUCCUGACAGAUGGUUGUCCAGCUGCCUUUUGAAGGCCUCUAGUGUGGGAGAGCCCACCACCUCCCUAGGUAACUGGUUCCAUUGUCGUACUGCUCUAACAGUCAGGAAGUUUUUCCUGAUGUCCAGCCGGAAUCUGGCUUCCUGUAACUUGAGCCCAUUAUUCCGUGUCCUGCACUCUGCGAUCAUUCCUGAUCAUUCUCCAUGGUUGAGCGUGAGAGCAAGGGACAUUACAGGUGCGGAUCCUGUCCCCUGAGCAUCCGUUCGCACAUCACCCCCAGCCUCGCCUCACCAACACUCACCUCUGAUAUAUAUAUAUUAUAUUCUUCUCCAUCCCAGGAUUUCGUUGGCGUCAGGGUUGGGAUGAGAGCCCUCAUUGCUUUGUAUAUGCUGAACUUCUACUGUGACUCGAGGAGGGGGCGGGGAAGACAGAACCGGGACAGUUAUAACUUAUUUUAUAUCUCUGUGUUAAUAUUAUAUAGAGAAAUAUAUAUUCUGUGUGUGUAAAAACAUCCUUAUUGCAGUGCAUUUAUCAUGUCUUUAAAAAAAAAAAAGUUAAUGCAUUAACCUUUUUUUUUGUACCUGCAUCCUAAAACAUUAUUAAAAAAU